AUGAGCAACGCUAUAGAGGAACCCAACACAACGGAAAGGCUGUCCAUGACGCCCAUCACUGGCGACGAAGAAGCGCGUGAUGGUACCAAAACUCGAGACGAUGACGGAUGGGCGGAGGAUGCUCAAAACUCGGCCAAUUGGCCAAACAGGGACAAAGCCAUCAUGAUGGCUAUGGUUUCUCUGACAGCCUUCGUGGCAGCCUUGGGUUCAUCCAUCAUUGCCCCAGCUCAACCAGCCAUCCAAAACGACUUCAACGUUAGCGAAACAGCCUCCUUGUUACCGCUCUCCCUUUAUGUUUUCGCCCUGGCGUUCGGCCCCAUAGUAGGCGGACCUCUGUCAGAAACAGUUGGUCGGAUGCCGGUCUACUACAUAGGUUUCCCCUUGGGGAUGCUUUUCACCCUUGGGGCCGGCUUGACGCAUAAUUUUGGGGCGUUGUGUUUCCUGCGCUUCAUGGCAGGGUUUGCUUGGUCACCCAUGCUGAUUGUAGCGGUCGGGUCCAUAUCUGAGACCUUUCCACUGCCUCAGACGAGGGGUCCUAUGAUGGCAGUCUUUAUACUGAUGCCGUUCCUUGGCCCUGGACUAGGGCCGGUCUUGGGUGCCUUUGCCGUCAGUCGGCAGGGUUGGCGAUGGACUCAGUGGGUCUUGUUGUUCUUUUCCAUUGCCUGUCUUAUCCUCAUCGUACUUACUAAAGAGAGCUUCCCACCAAUUCUGAAGUACCGCAAGGCAAAGCGACGUGGGCAACAAGUACCCUCAAAAACCCCGGUCUGGACGCAUGUUCGCCUUUUCGCCCAGGUCGCCCUGAUCCGACCGGUUCAUAUGCUCUUUACUGAGCCCAUUAUCAUCUUCAUCUGUCUCUACAUCUCGGUGAACUUUGGCAUUCUCUUUAGCUUCUUCGCCGCCGUCCCGUACACUGUAGAGACGGUCUACCAUUUUGGUAUAGAACAGUCAGGUCUCGUGUUUCUAAGCGUCGUUAUCGGCUGUCUUUUGGGUAUGAUCACCAUUUCCUUUUGCGACAUCAUAUUCUAUCGUCCACAGGCCACCAAGUAUGCUGGCAAGAUUCCUCCAGAAUACCGAUUAUAUCCUGCUAUGGUAGGCAGCUUUGGGCUGCCGUUGGGACUAUUCUGGUUUGCCUGGUCGUCCAGGUCAGACAUCUCAUGGGCGGCGCCAGUUGUUGCCAUAAUUCCAUUCGCAUGGGGUAACUUAUGCGUCUUUGUGUCAACGGCACAAUUCGCGGCGGACACAUACCAUGGAAAUGUUGUAGCGAGUGCUUCUGCCUCGCUUACGUUGGCUCGGUAUCCUGUUGGCGGGGCGUUUCCCCUUUUUGUCCUUCAGAGUAAGUCUACUGAGCAUGAAGUUUCCCUAGCAUUUUAUUUCAUCGCCGCUGUUCGUGGCUGUAUGCUGAUAUUUUGCAACAGUGUAUAA